UUGACGUAUUGGUUGGGAAAGGUUUUUGGGAGUUGAAUUAUAGUCGAGCUUGACCCUUGAUUGGUUGAAGAAUGAAGAUAGACAUAUAGAAAGGUACGUAAGAGGUGCACCUUUAAAAAUCAACAAUAUUUCAUUUAUGCACAUUUGAGUAGCUGAUUAAGAUCAGUGCAGUGUAUGUGGUAGAGAAAGAGAGACCAUGAAGUGCAAUCUAAUGCUUGCUUAUAUAAUUAUAGCAAGUAUCCUAACUUUGUCACCAAACGUUAAUGCAAAGACCAAACAUAGUCACUUUGUGCUGGUUCAUGGGGCUGGUCAUGGAGCCUGGUGUUGGUACAAGGUGACUACUCUCUUACAAUCCGCAGGUCAUAAUGUUACAAAUAUAGACCUCACAGCCUCUGGAAUCAACCUCGACAAAGUUAGCCAAGUCAACAGUUCAGUGGUUGACUAUGCUAAGCCAUUGAUGGAUUUCAUGGAGUCCCUUCCAGCCACGGUGGCUAAUAAAGUCGUUCUAGUCAGUCAUAGCUUAGGUGGUCUCAGCAUCUCCCUUGCCAUGGAAAGCUUUCCUUAUAAAAUUUCUGCUGCAGUAUUUGUCACCUCUGCUAUGCCUGCUCCUAACCUCAGUUUUCUUAAUAUAUCUCAAGAGUUGACAAGAAGAGCGGGUUCUUUUAUGGAUUCAAAAGUUCUAUUUGAGAAUGGUCCUAAUAAACCUCCAACGUCCUUAAUUUUUGGGCCAAUAUAUAUGGCAACAAAGAUGUACCAACUUUCACCACCACAGGACUUGGUUCUUGCAAUGUCACUGGUGAGGGCUGUCCCUUUCUUUAAUAAUGAAGAGUUGGUGAACAAACAAGUAAAACUUACCAAGGAAAGGUAUGGAUCUGUCAAAAGAGUUUUUAUAGUGUGUGACCAAGACUUAACACUCGAGGAGAGUUUCCAAAGAUGGAUGAUAGAGAGGAACCCACCUCAUGAAGUUAAAGUCAUUAAUGGGACUGAUCAUAUGGCUAUGUUCACUAAACCACUUGAGCUUUUUACUUAUCUUGGGGAGAUUGCAGCAGAGAAAUAUUCUUCAAAUUUAUUAAACUAGUUAAUUUUUUUUUGGAGUUGGUGUUCAUAUUUUGAUUUAUUUUUCACAGUAAGGAUCUUGAGGAAGAAAAAUAAAUUAUAGCUAUUUAAUUUUUUGAUAUUUUUUGUUUUUGUCGUAAGAUUUUAUAUUUUUGCACUUUUCGGACGUGCUAAAACCAUGUACAACAAAUAUAAAAAUAAACAUAUACAAUAAUAUUAGUACAUGUAA